GUAAAUAAUGGGUUUUGCAGGUGCCACUUUUGGAGCUAGCCACGAGCCCACGACAAACAUAUCUGAGGAGCAGAGGAACUGGCUAGUGGUUAACCUAUGGGAUGUUGAUCGAGGAUGGAAACUUGAGGAAUUUGAGGAUUUGCUACCAACAUUAGUCACUCCCCGAAAUCAAUCUGAUCUCUGUUAAUUGUUCCUUGUUCUAAGAAUCAAGGGCCGGCAAACAUCAACUCACUCUCCGAACAAUGGCGCCCAAAGAAAGCAUUGACCUCGGACGAGCCGACGAUCUCCAAUCCCCUUUCCCCAUCCCGAUGACCCCAAAUCUCAACCCACAACGUUGUCGACCCAGUCCUUUUCCCAUUCCAAGACGAUUUGGCUUUCUCACCGGCCGGUGAUUUGGCUCUUCAGUUUCGCGAUCUGGGAUUUUCGGCCGAGUAAGGUCGCGAUAGAGAUAGGGAUGUGCAGCCGGAUGAUUUCAGAUACGGUACUCGAUGGAGUAAGGCUCUUCGUUGCCUUUUUCUUCCGGUACUCGACGGCGGCUAGGGAUGCGAAGCCGGAUGAUUUCAGAUCCGUUGCUCUUUCUUAUCCGGCAAUGAAGCGGAGAAGCGGCGGGAGGCGACUAGUGGCGAUGACAACUAUCCAAAAGAAGUGGGCCUUCAAUUCUGUGGCUAAGAGAAGUGGGCAAUCCGCUCAUCCCCUGCAAAUCUCCAAAAGGUAGAGGUGGUGGGGUGAAAUCGGCCGGAGGCGACGAGGUUGCGACUUGCGAGGGAGACGAGGAUGCAACUUGCUCCUCUCAAGUGCGAUCUCCGGACUCUAAAGUACUUCCGCUAGCUAUCGACAUCGUCAAACUGUCUUGUAAUUAGGAUUUCGCUAGUGAAUUGUUUCGAAUUUGGGAUUGUCUCCUUGGGUUGCUCGGAGAUUCGGCUGCCGGCGGAUCAUCUCCCCCAUAGGGCUGAAUGCGGUCUUGUCGGUUACAAUCAUGAACGGGGUGGCGGUUACGCAUCUUGGCCGACGGUUCAGAUGAGUAUUCCUUUAUCAUUUAUUUUUUUCUUUAUUUCUUUCCCUUAAUAAUUAUCCUUCAUACUUUAUUUGUUUUUAAUUAUUCUUUCCAAUUUUUUUAAUUUUUCUCGUAUGUAUCUAUUGCCUUCUUUUUAAAUUUAUAUACUUGCAAAUUGUUAGGUCCACCGAAAUUUAGGUUGCAUCUUUUAUUAAAAAAAAUGUUUAGGUGUGUAUCGAGUGGUGCCGGUUAUCUAGGGUUUCUGGAUGACCUGGUAUUCUAUUUCAAGGGUGAAUUGCUGCCUUGUGUCUAUGUUGACUUGUUGGCUCUUUGGCCUGGAUUGUCUUAGUAGGGACCUUUGUUUGCUCACUUUGCAGGUGAAGAUUCAAUUGCACAAUAGUCGAUCGGUGGCGGCUGUCUUGUCCACUGGGUGGCCUUUUGAUGAGAUUUGAUGGAGCACUUGGAAAUGACACCCCUGAUGUUGAAGGAACCCUUUGAACACUAUUAAUAUUUAGUUUGAUGGUGCGGUCAAGCAUAGUCACGAAUGUAGUAUUGGCUUUAUGGGUUUCCAAUCGUCAGGUAAUAUUUUCUUUGCUUUCGGAAAGUGUUAUGAAGGAUUGCAAGAUCCAUUUGUUAUACUGGAGGCCAUACAGUGGUGCUUGACACAUUCCUUUGUCUCUGUCAAAUUUCAUGGGAUUCACAACAAUUGAUACGGCGGGAUGGUGGGAGGCGACUUAGCACAUGAUCGGGGUGGAGCUCUAUUUGAGGAUACUCGGAGCUUAGUUUCUCACUUCAGCCGGAUUUAUUACUGCUUUGUUUCUCGUCGACUAAAUAGGACUGCCCAUCAUGUGGCACAAAAGGCCCUCUCAUCGGGAGUUCGACUAUUGGUCGACUCCCGCGUUUUUCUUUCUUCCACUUUGUGACUAUCUUUUCAACACUAACUUUGCACACAAAAAAAAAUAAUGGUAUCUCAUCUCACCAAUUACCAACACGCGUGAAACUUUUCUGCAUUAAUUAAGAAAUGCGAAGGAGCAGG